UCAACGUCUUCCCGGUUUCUUCGCCGUCGUCUCUCUCUUCCUCCCCACUCUCAACAUAAUAUCCAUCUAAAACCUGCAAAAAACAAUGUCUGCUGCUGCAUUCCGCCGAGCGGCCUGCAGACUUCCCUCGGCCGCCGCUUCCGUCCCCCGCCGCGCCCUCGCGACUGAGGCGGGCGCACGUCCAGGCUUGGGCCAUGGCGCACCGGUGUACGAGAGCUCGGAGGGGGUAAACGAUGUCAGUGGGCCGGCUAUCCCGCUCUCGAACGUGGAGGCGCAAUGGGAGAACCUGGAUAAGGCAGAGAAGUACAAGGUCCGCAGGCAGCUCGAGAAACUGCAGGAGAAGGACUGGAAAGAGUUGAGCUUCGACGAGAAGAAGGCCGCGUACUACGUCGCCUUCGGUCCCCACGGCCCUCGCAAGCCUAUCAACCCUCCUGGUACCUCCAUCAAGGUUGCAUUCGGCGUUGCUACCCUCAUCGGUCUCAGCGGUGCCACCUACUUUGCCGUCCGUGCUAGUGCUCCUCCUCCGCCGAGGACGAUCACCAAGGAGUGGGAGGAUGCCGCUCUGGAGCGUGCCCGCGAGAUGAAGAUCAACCCCAUCCAUGGUGUCUCAUCGGAAGGCUACAAGGGCAACGGCUUCAGCACCCACAAAUAGUGGACGGACGGAUGGAUACUAGAUGGACUCGUUCUUCUCCCUCUCUCACUCCCUCUGGCCUUACCCGUAUUCUUCAACUAUAUUCGCUUCCACGCUGCAUACUGCGGAGGUUCCAAUAUAUUCUUCUUUCCGUCUGCGUCUUCAAGCUUCAAGCCUUUGUCGUAGGUACCGUUUCGGAUGCAUGUUGCAUGGUCGCUCGCCUGUUGGUGUGAAC